AUGUCCUCCUCAGCGAACCAGCGUCAGGAAGCUCUCCGGCUAGCAGAGCGUAGGAGUAACCUAGAAGCCGAGCUCGAAGUUCAUCUCGAGCUUCUGCAGUCUCACGGCGUCACUCUCAACAGCGCGCUAGUAGAUCGAGAAGGCUUCCCACGAGCAGACGUCGACAUCUCGGCCAUCCUCGAAGCAAGAGCACGCAUACGAGUCAUCAGGAACGACCUAAAGACCAUUGAGGGCAAUCUCGCUCGACUGCUCCAAGAUGUCUUUCAGACGUCUGGCGAUGAUGCACAAGUGUAUCUCAAUGGCUCUGCUAGCACGCCCGACCCAUUUGCGCUGGUCAAGUCAGUCGAUGCGGGCUCGCCUGCAGCAUCAGCUGGUCUACACGAAGGCGACAAGAUCAUCCGCUUUGCAGCGACGGGACCCCAUCCCGUGCCUGCAGAAUCGCUCCAAGCUGUCGGUGCGCUGGUCCAGAAAUCGCUCGACAAGCCUCUACGCGUGCAGCUGCUCCGCCGUCAUGCAACAGAUGAUCGCGAUGUCAUGAAACUGCUGCAGCUUACGCCGACACGCUGGAGCGGUCGGGGCACGCUCGGAUGUUUCCUCGUGCCCAUCUGA